UUUAAGAUGAAAUCUACGUUUUUAGUCUGCCUCAUGUUGUGAUUACAGUGAGUUUAUAGUAGCAAGCUGCUGAUAGACGCUCUUACAGAGAUGAACGAGUUCUUAGCAUACCAACAGAGCACUCAAGAUAAAGAGGAACUAGAGAGGAUAACUGUGGAGUUUGAAGAUACGCUAAAGUUUUAUCAGUCUGAUACAGUUGAUGGACAUCUUUUAGAAAUGGUUCAGGCUCUUUUUGCAGGUGAUUUUAAUACAACUGCAGAGAUGUUUGAAACAAUACCAGUUGGAGAAGAUAGUAACCUUGAAUCCUUUAGAUAUUUCACUCAUUUCUUGGGUGAGAUCAUUGAAGGAAUUCCUGAAGUUUAUGAUACUCCAAAUAUAUCAUUAGAAGACCUCGCUUUCAACUCAAAAAAGGAUAAAGACCUCAAAACUUUCAAAUAAACUUGAUUACCUCUCUCUAAUGACCUUCUGGAUGUCAAACACCCCAAGAACAAACAAACACAUCUCCCCUCCAGACCUCACUGAGGCCCUAAAAGCCCUCGAAUCCACUUACCUCACCUACCUCACCACUCUCACCCCCAAUUCCCCACCUUCCUCCCUCAACUUCUCCACCCAGACUCCUCCCAGCUGCACUGAGUCCCUUCACAAGUACCUGAACCUCGCCAAGACUUGUCGUGAUUACUUCUACACCACCUCCCCUAACGCAGUGCAUCAUUUCACUAACAUCGGUGCGUUCAGUGCCCAAACAGUUAGUCUAACAGCUGAGAAAAUGUUCAAGAAUUCUGAGAAACUUGUUGACACUUUCAGGAUUUUGGAACUUGAAGACUAUGAUCUUGAUAUGGUCGGGUUUACAAUGACCAAAGAUUUUAAUAAUAGUGCGGAGAUAUUUAAGAAGUUCCAGGAGGAGAAGUCUAAGAGGCUAACCGCAAGACGUCAAAGAGACUUUAAUGGUACAGAGACUGUUACUGAGCAAGAUAUCAACAUUGCUGCUAGUGUUGAUUUGGGUGAUCAAGAAAACCAAAAGAUUAGUUAUUAUAAGCAGAUGGCGAAGCACUCGAAACACUCUGAAUAUCACAUUAUCCUUGGUAAUCUGUAUCUUUUAGGAGAUAUUGCUAAGGGCAUUAAACCAAACCGAGAGUUGAGUAUCUUGUAUUUUGAAGAAGCUGCAAAACGUGGAAGUAAUGUAGCUCAUUACAAUCUUGGUCUUCUCCUCCAACCAGAGCAACCAUGGAGGGCAUUUUCACACUUCAAAGCUUGAGCAGAUGACAAUUUCACAACUUGUGAUCUUGCUCUUGGGACUAUGUAUUAUCAACCAGAGAGAUUCGGAUUUGAAAAGAACGUAACACUUGCUAUUGAGCAUCUUGAGAAAGCCCAAGAAGGAGAGUUUUACGAAGCUAGCUCAAUUCUAGCCCAUAUCUAUCUCAAAGAGCCUGGCUUUAUUGACAAGGAGAAGGCAUAUAAGAGCCUAGACCAUGCUUUGAAUGAUAAUUGGAACAUGAAUGCAAAGUUAAUGAUGGCUGCUUACUAUUACGAGAACUCCUUCAAGGAGUUCUCUUUAGAAAAAUGAGACAAGGUUAAUGAGCUCCUAAGAAAAUUAAUCACUUUGAAUGAGGGAGAAAGAUGGUCAAAUUUAGCAUUCCAAGUGUAUUAUUCAAGCGAUUUUGCUAAGAAAUAUCCAACUGACCAGAAGAUUCUGUGGAAGGAAGAGAAUGCACUGCUUCUGUUUUCUUAUGCUUCAUUGCUUGGCCACCAAGGUUCAUCUUACAUUGCAGCUAAAAUUUGGGAGAACUCUGAGCUAUCUUUUAAAUGCAAAUUUGGAAAUAGAAUGAUCUGAGCAAGCUAUUUUUAUCUCAGAUUUUACUACAGCUAUCCAGAUCAUUCCUUAAUGGCAGUCAAAGCAGCAGAUUUGCUCAUGAAGCUUGAUGAGUUUAGCCACCUUGAAGGAGAUAAGGAAGCAACAUCACAGAUGGUUCAUCUAAGCGAGAAGAUGGCAUUUAAAAUCUACGAAGUGCUCAGUGACAAACAGCCAAAGGCAAAAUUUAGUCUAGCAUAUUGCUACUACACUGGGAAAGGUAUUGAAAUGAACCAAACAAAGGCAAAUGAUUUAUGGAACUCUCUAGCCUCUGAAGCCUGGAACAGUAAGAUUGAUAUUACCAACAUAUUCCCUGCUCUGUUCGCCAGGUACUACUUUGACUUAAAAGAAUGGCUAUUUAGUUAAGUUUCUAAAUUCAAUAUUUUACC